GUCGACACCAAUAUAGGACCUGAAACAUGUCGACACCAAAGCUAUGCCGAAUCUAUGCAUGGCUCAAUGAUGCGGAAAACUUCGAAGAUGCCCUGGCGCACUUGACCGAGGUGGUCCGGAAGGAGGAGCUAAAGCGAGCAGAGGAGUUCUGGCAGUGGCGGGGCCAGCGUUCUCGCGCUUCCUGGAACGCUGCAACUGCAGCAGCAGAGGGCCUUUUUGGUGGAAGCUGCCACUGGAGGAUUUGCAUGAUUUGCCGGACCGGGAACGCGAGGAGCUGCAACUUUUGCAGCAUGCGUUGCUGUGGCCGAGCAUCGGGAGUUCUGGCAGUGGCGGGGCCAGCGUUCUCGCGCCUCCUGGAACGCUGCAACUGCAGCAGCAGAGCCGAAGCGCCGGAGGUGGGGGCACCAGCGGCGCCCGCCGUAGAGGCGUGGAGUCUUCCUGCAAGAGUUGGCGGGCGGACCGCACGACGCACAACGAGAGGUCGCGGACACGCAGAAGUUCGAGCAGGGCGGUGCCUUCAGUCAAGCGGACCAAGAUGCCGCAGAGAAGGGCGAGCUGGCCACAAACAUGCGCCGCAAGGGUUCGGGGAGCCACCAAGCAGUGUGAUGCAAGCAAAACCCGGUUGGACCGAAAGCUUCCAAAGAGCACCUCGUGGUCCUGGGUGCGAAAGCGGGGCCAAGCGGGGUAGACAGGUGUAGUUCAACGUGGUGCGUUCGUAGACGUUUGAGGGCUUACUGCAAUCUCCAGUUUUUGCUUGUCCAGUUGUCGGGGGUUCGUUCAUCACUAUAGUGGGUAAGGCUACCAAAUAAAGGCACAAACUAAAUCUAGCCUGGAUAUCGAUCGCCAUGUGUCAAACAUUCAGCGCAUGUGCUCGUUUUCCCUCCACUCCACUUCACGCGAAAUUCGCCGCGACUGACGCGCAAACGUAUGGCAGGCCCGAUCAGCAGCUAACUCACCCUAUGCAACCUUCAAAUUUUUAAACUCAAAGCUCACGGAGGCAUACUUCGAAAAUUUGUUUGACUGUUUGUCAAGGAUGAACUUAAUCCACCUCCUCCUCCCACUCAAGUACAUUGAUGGAACGCUUUGUUCAAGUAGACUCGGCCCGUCAAAUUCUGGAAUGUUGGGUGCUACAACAAACCGGGGACUUCCAGUUCAGCUUUCGAAACAAAUGGUGAGCGGGGGAGCCAGCAGGCUCCGGUGAAAGCAACGGUACAGUCGCAGAAUGGAGGGAUGCCCCAUUUUGAUCCAGGGCCUCCUGCAUGUAGUUCCCAAGCGAAGUGUUCAAUCAUGUUUCGGGGGUUUUUCCUCUGGUGGCGGACCAGUUUUUUCAAAGUUGGGCAGUAGACGCCCCCGUUGUGGUCUUUAGUGCCUUGCCGCCGAUUCCAG